AUGAGGGCCUCCCUGCGCGUGAUGAGGCCCGCCGCAGACCUGAGCGUCAAGCACCUUGUCAUUGGUGGCGGCGUCGUGGGGUUGGCCACAGCUGCACGACUCAGCAGGGAGGGUUCCACCAUAUUGCUCGAGAAGAACACCGUCCUCGGAGAAGAGGUGAGCGCAAGGAACAGCGAGGUGCUGCAUGCGGGCCUGUACUACCCCGAGGAUUCGCUCAAGACCAAGCUUUGCAUCCUCGGCAAGCUGAUGCUCACCGAGGCCUGCAAGCAGUACUCACUCCCCUGGAAGAACACUGGCAAGUGGGUCGUGGCGCAGAACGACGAAGAGUCCAAGUUCCUCGCUGACCUCGAAGUCAAGGCCAAGAGACUGGGCGUGCCGCUGCACUUCAUCUCUGAAGCCACGCGAUUGGCCGAGGAGCCCAAGGUGCGAUGCAAGGAAGCGCUGGUGAGCCCGUCUACCGGCAUUCUCGACUCGCAUGCCAUCAUGCAGUUCUUCGAAGGCCGCAUCACAGCCAACGAGGACAGCAACAUCGUCACCCACACCAAGGCCGUCAGCAUCGCCAAGAGCGACAGCGGGUAUCUCGUUGAUACGGUCGACAGGGAGGGCGAGCGCUGCCUGAUCGAGGCCGACAGCGUGGUGAACUGUGCCGGACUCUACGCCGAUCUGGUGGCCCAGAUGGCCCUCGGCGACGCGUUUCCUGCGCACUACCGCCAGUACUACUGCAAGGGCAACUACUACGCCUACUCGCGCAAGACGCUCGUCUCGCGGCUCAUCUACCCAGUCCCUGAGAAGAAUCUCAAGGGCCUGGGCGUGCACGUCACGAUUGAUUUGGCCGGGCACAUGCGCUUCGGCCCGGAUGCGUUCUACAUCGACCGACCAACGGAUCCGUGGGCCGCGCCCGACUACACGGUCUACGAAUACCACCUCGACGACGCCCACAAGGCCAUCACCAAAUACUUGCCCGAAGUGAAGCGCGAUGCGCUGUACGCGGACUAUUCGGGGAUUCGGCCCAAGCUCGCCGGGCCAGGCGAGCCCUUCCGCGACUUCCUCAUCGAGGAGGAGAGCGCGCGAGGCUUCCCCGGUCUGGUAAAUUUGCUGGGCAUCGAGUCGCCCGGGUUGACAUCAUCGCCGGCGAUCGCCGAACAUGUGGCCGAGAAGCUGGGCUACAACCCCUGCUACCGGCCCGACGCCCUCACCAGCCACUGA